UAUCGCUUCUCUUCACUUAUAGAUGGUAGAGGUACCCGCACAAUCAAUUUAGACGCUCAACGAGUGCGCACAUGGUUUCAGAGGACUUAAAUUGAAGUGUCUUCCUUUGGGAGCAGUCAUAAUCCAUUUCAACGCCCUACGAUCAGUGUUAGUUAACGAGAAGAGUGCAUAGUUCCGUGAAGUGAUAGUGUGAAUCUCGCAUCAAGAGUGAGUAAUAAUCUACAGUGAUUGAGUGUGAUUAGGAAUUGUUCAGAAGAACGAAAUCCUGAAAAGAUAAACUAACGAGCAUGAGUGCUACCUUGAAGAAUGUCCUUGUGGUUGGUGGUGGAGGUCGUGAACAUGCCAUGUGCUGGAAGCUGGUCCAGAGCCCGAAGGUGGCCAAGUUGUAUGCGCUGCCCGGCAGUCCAGGUAUCGGCCAGUUGGAGAAAGUGACCCUCGUCAGCGAUAUCAGUGUGAAGAAUCUCGACGCGAUAGUUGCAUGGUGCAAGAGCAACGCAAUCGAUCUGGUCGCGGUGGGACCGGAGGACCCGCUUGCCCAGGGAAUUGGAGAUAAGCUCCAGGCGGCUGGGAUCAAGUGCUUCGGGCCGAGCCUUAAGGGUGCUCAGAUCGAGGCGGAUAAGAACUGGUCCAAGGACUUCAUGCACCGGCAUGGAAUCCCGACGGCGCGGUAUUCUUCGUUCACCAAGGCGGACGAUGCGAAGGCGUUCAUUAGAAGGUACGUAUAGAAGGACGGGGCAAGU